GAUUGAAUGAGCCCGCCGCGCCGCGGCCGCCGUCCCGAGCCGCGCGGGCCCCGAGCCGCUGUCGCCGCCGCCGCCACCACCGCCGCCAUGGCCACGCCGCUGCCCAGCCGCGCAGGCGGGCCCGCCACGCCGCUGUCGCCCACGCGCCUGUCGCGGCUGCAGGAGAAGGAGGAGCUGCGCGAGCUCAAUGACCGCCUGGCGCACUACAUCGACCGUGUCCGCGCGCUCGAGCUCGAGAACGACCGGCUCCUGCUCAAGAUCUCCGAGAGGGAGGAGGUGACCACGCGCGAGGUGGGCGCGCAGCCGGGGCUUCGACCUCUGAGGGUCCCCGGGGGCUCCCGCGCGCGAGAGGUGAGCGGCAUCAAGACGCUGUAUGAGUCGGAGCUGGCCGAUGCCCGCAGGGUGCUGGACGAGACCGCGCGGGAGCGGGCGCGGCUGCAGAUCGAACUGGGGAAACUGAAGGCUGAGCUGGAGGAGGCGAACAAGAGCUCCAAGAAGAGGGAGGGUGAGCUCACCGUGGCCCAGGGCCGCGUGAAGGAUCUGGAGUCGCUGUUCCACCGGAGCGAGGCAGAGCUGGCCGCCGCCCUCAGCGACAAGCGCGGCCUGGAGAGCGACGUGGCCGAGCUGCGGGCCCAGCUGGCUAAGGCAGAGGACGGUCACGCGGUGGCCAAAAAGCAGCUGGAGAAGGAGACGCUGAUGCGCGUAGAUCUGGAGAACCGUUGCCAGAGCCUGCAGGAGGAGCUCGACUUCCGGAAGAACGUCUUUGAGGAGGAGGUGCGGGAGACGCGGCGGCGGCAUGAGCGCCGCCUGGUGGAGGUGGACAGCAGCCGGCAGCAGGAGUACGACUUCAGGAUGGCACAGGCGCUGGAGGAGCUGCGCGGCCAGCACGACGAGCAAGUGCGGCUGUACAAACUGGAGCUGGAGCAGACCUACCAGGCCAAGCUGGACAGCGCCAAGCUGAGCUCUGACCAGAACGAUAAGGCCGCCAGUGCCGCCCGGGAGGAGCUGAAGGAAGCCCGCAUGCGUGUCGAGUCCCUCAGCUACCAGCUCUCCGGCCUCCAGAAGCAGGCCAGUGCCGCAGAGGACCGGAUUCGCGAGCUGGAGGAGACCAUGGCUGGGGAGCGGGACAAGUUCCGCAAGAUGCUGGACGCCAAGGAGCAGGAGAUGACCGAGAUGCGGGACGUGAUGCAGCAGCAGCUGGCCGAGUACCAGGAGCUGCUCGAUGUCAAGCUGGCCCUGGACAUGGAGAUCAGCGCCUACCGCAAGCUCCUGGAGGGCGAGGAGGAGAGGCUUAAGCUGACCCCCAGUCCGGCGUCACGCGUCACCGUCUCGCGGGCCACGUCGAGCAGCAGCAGCGGCGGCGUGUCCACGGCCGGGCGCCCGGGCCGCAGCAAGCGCAAGCGGCCGGAGGCGGAGGAGUCGCCGGGCCCGGGCUCGAGCGGCAUUGGCUCCGGCAGCAGCAGCAGCGGCAGCACCAGCUUCCAUCUGACGCAGCGGGCCUCGGCCUCGGGCGGCAUCGGCAUCGAGGACAUCGACCUGGAGGGCAGGUUUGUGCAGCUGAAGAACAGCUCGGACAAGGACCAGUCCCUGGGGAACUGGCGAAUCAAGAGGCAGGUCAUGGAAGGGGAGGAGAUUGCCUACAAGUUCACGCCCAAGUACGUGCUGCGCGCCGGCCAGACUGUCACGGUGUGGGCUGCUGGUGCGGGAGUGGCCCACAGCCCCCCCUCGACGCUCGUGUGGAAGAACCAGAACAGCUGGGGCGUGGGCGAGAGCUUCCGGACCGUCCUGGUCAACGCCGACGGGGAGGAAGUGGCCAUGAGAACCGUGAAGCAGUCCUCGGUGGUGCGGGAGACGGAGAACGGGGAGGAGGGAGAGGAGGAGGCAGCAGAGUUUGGCGAGGAGGAUCUUUUCCAUCAACAGGGGGACCCAAGGACCACCUCGAGAGGCUGCCGCGUGAUGUGAACGGAACACGCCUCAUCAACUGUCUUUACCCCAGAGCCACCGAAAACUAUUUUUAUAUCAUUGGCUGUCUUUAGUCCUUGAUACAUUUCUAGAGAAUUUUUAAGCAUACUGCCAGAACGUGGGGGCGGGUCUCUGUGAUCUUUCCUAUGGGUGGGCUUCCUUGGACCCUUCCUUCAUCACCCCUGGCCAGAGUUCUCUUUGGUGCCCCAUUUCACCAUUUGGUUGAAUUCGAGGCCGAGGAACCUAAUGGCUGACAGGGGUUGGGCAUGGAGGCUGGGAGGCCGGGCCAGGGGCUGCCAGGGCUGGGGCUCUUGUGUCCAGGAGCCGCCCCGUGGGCCUCGAGUGGGUGGAGAGCAGCACUGCCUAGGAGUUCAGUUGUUUUAUGAAGCUCCUUAAAAACCAAAUCCAGAAUCCAGGUUCUGACCUGGGGCAGGGGGGCAGGCGCGUCCCCUGUGGAAUUUUGGUGGCCCGGCUGCAGGUGCUGGAGUGUGGGGUUUUGGCCGCCUGGCCUGGGCUCCGGGGCUCUGGUGUAAGUCCUUGUGAUGGUGUGCGGCCGCGGGCCAGGUUUCUAAGCACAUAUCGAGGCACUCUGCAGUGGGCCCCCUUUUCCCUUCCUGGCUGUCUGGCCCUCGAGUUUCUGGAGCUUUCUGUAGUCCAGUUCCUAAGCUUGCAGGACCAACAGGGCGGGAGAGAGAGAUGGAAACCCGGGGAACAGGGACAGCUCCGUUUGGAGACUUGUCACUAGGUAAAUGGCCAGGGGACAGGUGGAAAGGGAAAUGGGGUCACCUUGGAAGCAAGUGCCCCUGGUUUCAGAGCCACUGUCCACGGGGAGCAGCCAGUUCCUGCCCGCCGUGAGGAGAGCAGCUUGAGGGUGAGCCACCGGACCACCCACACGGCGUUUUCCCACUCUGUGCCUUGUGCCUGGGGCCAAGUCCCAACGCCCGCCGACCCCUGUAUGUGCGUGUCCCGCUGUCCUAGCUUCUGUGGCGACCUCGCUGAAACGCUGUGUCUCCGACAUGCCGGUGCUGGCUGAUUCCGCAGGAUGGCUCCACGGCCCCCAGUCCAGCUCCUGGCUGCCCGGCCCCCUCCGCAUUUGCUUCCCAUUUGUACCCCCCCCCACAUAGAUACACAGAAGUUAUUUUUUUAAUGGAUAUUUAUUUUUUUACAUUGGUCAGUACUCAGAUUGCCGGAUUCCACUUGAGGCCUCAUGCCAGCGUCACUGGGACAGCCCCCCAAGGGGCUGGAGUUGAGGGAGGCUAUCUCGGUGACCUCUGAGGCCCCAGACGGCAAAUUCCUUCAGAAAGUGCAGCUCGAGUCUUCAAGACGUCAUACUGAGCCAUGGAGGCACGCUGCCCCCAGAAGGCAGCCCGUUUACAAAGCAGCCAGCCCUUCCCAGCUCGCCCUAGGCCGGGAGCAGCACGCCUGCCUCCCACCUCGGGCCCUACCCCCGCCCCGCCCCGCCCCGCCCCGCCCAGUCCCGUCUCACUGCGCUUGGAAACUGCUUGUGGCCGGAGGGUCGGAGGCUUCUGCUGCAUCGAGAAUCUGCCCGCAGCCCCUUGCUUUAGGUCUAGUUCUUUCCAUGGCCACCCGAGUCCCCGGGCCGUGCGCUCGGUUCUCCUCGUGGGCGGAAAUGUCUAACCACUCCUCCCCGCGUUUCUGGUGCGCCCCGGGGCGCUCGCUCAGCCUGGCGAUGCGCCAGCCCCGCCCCACACACGACCUUUCCCAGGAGGGCUGCCGGCUGCGCAUCCCCCCACCCCGCGCCCACACCUCGGGGACCACGCGCACAGUGCGGGCCUGGGGUGCGGAGGCUUGAGGCUUUGGGAGGGUGGGGCUGGGGUCCUCCCGACAGUGUGCCCUGGCCUCGGCCACAUCCUGCGAGGUGUCUGGGGCGGGGGUCUCAUGUGCAGGGAGUGGGCCCCCCUCGUGUCCGGCAGGUGAUUCCUGUCGUCUUCAAGCCGGUUCCCCGCCUUAUGCCCGCCCGGUGGCGUCCCUGGCCCGGGGGAGGGGUGCCAGCAAGUGGGGGACGGGCGUUGGUAGGGAAGUGCUGGGAGGCCCAGGGUGGAGUCCAAUGUUACAGCGUCAGCGUCGGCCUGGGAAACAGUUCGUAGUUGUCAAACACGCUUAGCUUUAAGCCGCUUUAAAGGACGCGAGACGGUUCCCUCGCCCCGGCCAGCGGCGGCUCGGCGGCCCUCCGGGUGCGGUCUGACCCCGCAGCCCCAGGGCGCGCCCCCGCCGAAGCACCAGCACAGCCUGCCGGGGGGCCGCCCCGAGCGAGCGCCGGGCGGGGGAGCCGGGGGCGGCGUCCACGAACUUGCAUGCCAAACGUGUGGUCUUUUUCUUUCUCCAGUGAUUUGUAAUAUGCAUUUUAUGACUGGAAACUUUUUGUACAACACUCCAAUAAACAUUUUGGUUUUAAGUGCUGCCCCCGAGUCCGCUCUGACACAGCUGCCCCAGUCCGGCAACAGACCGGCGUCGGAGACCCCAGGGGUUUGACCGGGCCUCCCGUGCCAGCCUGCGCCCUCGGUCACGUGACGCGCCUGCCGCGGGCGGGGGAGGCCUCGUGCGCAUGCGCGACCCGCACGGCGAGCCGGGAACGUCUCAGCAGCCCCCGUGCCUCCCACCCGCCGGCACCAGGUCGGAGACACCCGCGGCCGGCGCGGGAGCCGGUUGCAGACCGCGCUUGCGCGCAAAGUGGGAGGGGGGGGAGGGGGCGCACGGCCUUGUGGUAGUUGUAGUCCGACCUGGCUCCGCUCCCAGCACGCUCGGACUUUAUUUCCCGUGGUGCCCCGGGAGGCCGACUUCCGGCGUGGGUACGGGUCGGCGCACGCGGUUUCGGUUCGUUUGGCUUUGCGGAGCCAUGGAGGGUGGCUUCGGCUCGGAUUUCGGGAGCUCCGGAGGCGGCAAGCUGGACCCGGGGCUCAUCAUGGAGCAGGUGAAGGUGCAGAUCGCCGUGGCUAACGCGCAGGAGCUGCUGCAGAGGAUGACGGACAAGUGCUUCCGGAAGUGCAUCGGGAAGCCGGGGGGCUCCCUGGACAACUCGGAACAGAAGUGCAUCGCCAUGUGCAUGGACCGCUACAUGGACGCCUGGAACACCGUGUCCCGCGCCUACAACUCGCGGCUGCAGCGGGAACGAGCCAACAUGUGACCCCGCCGCGCCCGACCCCCACCCUCCAUUUCAGUUCCAUAAACGCUCUUUGCGAAGCGGGGGCCCGCUCGUGCGUCCUGCCUGCCCGUGCUUCUGAGGAGACCGGCGACCCUCGGGACGCUGCUCCCCUCCCGCCUGCCAGCGAGCGCGGCGUGGAUCGCGGGGGCGGCGAGACUUCGCCCAGUGCCGGCAGCGCGGCGGCACGGCCCCCGGUGUGCACAGGCUCCCCGCGUGCCUCGGGCGGAGAAUCCGCGGUUGGACCUGGGGGAGCCGUCAGGCCCCACCCGAGCUGUGACCGCCUGACGGUGGGCGGGCAAAUAAAUGAGGGAGGGGCGGAAAA